AUGUACGCCAAAGGUAAAGGAGCUGUCGUCCCUUCCGAUAGCCAAGCGAGAGAAAAGUUAGCUUUAUACGUGUAUGAGUAUUUGCUGCAUGUCGGCGCACAGAAAUCAGCACAGACCUUCCUGUCAGAGAUCCGAUGGGAGAAGAACAUCACACUCGGAGAACCGCCAGGAUUUCUACACUCAUGGUGGUGUGUAUUCUGGGAUCUGUACUGUGCAGCCCCGGACCGGAGGGAGACAUGUGAACAUUCCAGCGAGGCCAAGGCUUUCCAUGACUAUAGUGCGGCCGCUGCUCCCAGUCCAGUGAUGGGCAACAUGCCACCCAACGAUGGCAUGCCAGGAGGACCCAUGCCCCCAGGCUUCUUUCAAGGUCCUCCAGGAUCUCAGCCUUCCCCUCACACGCAGCCUCCCCCACACAACCCCAACAACCCCAUGAUGGGGCCCCACGGACAGCCAUUCAUGUCUCCUCGGUACCCGGGUGGCCCCAGGCCUGCCCUCCGUAUGCCAAAUCAGCCUCCCGGGAGCAUCCCCGGGUCACAGCCUCUCCUGCCAAACAGCUUGGACCCCACCAGACCUCAAGGACAUCCAAACAUGGGAGGUCCAAUGAGAAUGAAUCCCCCUCGAGGAAUGGGAGGCAUGGGCCCACAGAACUACGGUGGAGGGAUGAGGCCUCCUCCAAACUCCAUGGGUCCAGGGAUGCCUGGCAUGAACAUGGGUCCUGGUGGAAGAGGUCCAUGGCCGAACCCCAACACCAACUCAAUAGCUUAUUCAUCUUCAUCUCCAGGCAACUAUGUGGGCCCUCCAGGGGGAGGCGGCCCACCAGGAACUCCCAUCAUGCCAAGCCCUGGAGAUUCAACAAACUCAAGUGAAAACAUCUACACAAUGAUGAACCCAAUUGGUCCUGGUGGAAAUAGACCUAACUUCCCAAUGGGACCAGGUCCUGAUGGGCCCAUGGGUGGCAUGGGUGCUAUGGAACAGCAUCAUAUGAAUGGAUCACUAGGUUCUGGUGACAUGGAUGGGUUGCCAAAGAAUUCUCCCAACAACAUGGCGGGCAUGAACAAUCCUCCCGGCACUCCACGGGACGACGGCGAGAUGGCAGGCAACUUUUUAAACCCAUUCCAAAGUGAAAGUUAUUCACCCAACAUGACGAUGAGUGUGUGAUUUUUUUUAUCUUUUAUUUUAUUUUAUUUCUUUUUCAUCUCCCUUAUCCCCUUCUCCCAUCCACCCCUGGUGCGUCUUGCAUUACCCUCCUCCCCCACUUCCUCUCCCUUCUCGUGGACGGUGUGCUGUGCCACCCAGCCCCUGGGGAUGGCCCUGGAAAGCAGGAAUCCUCUCAAGGCCCCCCAUCCCAAUGCCUGUAAAAUGGGUGUGAGAACAUGAAAAGGCCUCCAAGCAACAGGAAGGGUCUUUUCUUCUUCACUUCUCCUCCCCUACUGGGUCUCGACUCGGGUCCUAGGAAAGAAAGAGUCUGAAACUGUUCCAAAACCUGCCCCGUGGGUGGCAUUUAAACCCAGUCAAGAUGCCCCACUGCAUCUACCACCACACCUUUGUAUCAUGCUGGUUAUAACUUAUGAGGGCAUGCAGUUGUUGACUGACAGAGGCUGAAAACUCUCAUUCAUAAACUCUGCUCCUUUGAUGGAAACAAUUUACAAAAAAAAAAAAAAAAAAAGGAUGAACUGAUAAAGUUAUUUUAGGACAAGAAUGGUUUUCGGUAAAUAUUUGUAUUUUUUUGUUUCAUUAUGGUAAUAUUAUUGUUAUAAUUUUCAUAAUUGAAUUAUUCUACUAAUGUAGUUAUGAUUUCCUGUAAAGGGCACAUUUUAUCUCAGCAGCAGCAUCAACAAUGACAAAAUAAGCACACACUCAAAAAAUGCACAAUCAUUUUCUGUUUACAUGAUUUUAGGCCGUUUGGUGUGUUUUGUUUUUGUUUCACUUCACGUACCUCUUCUUUCAACCUCCUCUGUCCUUGUAGCUGGAGUCUCCGUCAUCUAAAUGUUUAUAGAGCCAUUUGCUACAUUUUUCACCUUGAACUAACCCUAAAAUUCAAACCGGCUUUCUGGAAGGGUAACUGUUCUCUGGUACAAAGAGUCUGCUGAUGCACCUGAACGGUCUUGCUAUCUUGUCUUAAUAAGCCCCAUUUUCAGAGUUUUCUAUGUUUUUACAGUGGCUCAGAUGGAAACCUGUUAUGAUUGUGAGACAGGUGCCAGUCCUCGUUCAGUCAUACACACAGAGCGAGAGAGCAUCUCCUCUGUAGAUUGGGUCUUGUCUGUAUAUACGACUUGUUAAGCUUGUAUUGUGGUUGUUUUUAUUAUUUGUUAUUUACAAGUUUUCUGUGAAUCCUGAAAGUGGUUCCUUACCUUUCAUCAUCUUGUUAUAUUUCAACCUCACUGUGGACUUUCCCUCCCAGGAUUCAUUCUGGUCUAUCUCUGAUGUCUCAUUUUUGGACUCAGGAGAUAUUGUGGGAACUCAAAUACACUCAUGGAGCCUGUUUUCUUGCUUUGAGUUGGGGUCCUCUAAGAUACCCAGACAAGGUGGACUGAAUAACUGCAUCCUUGGAACUCACAUCGACCAGCUAGUGGAUCCUGGUUAUUGCGAGGUUGCAAUGGCGCUGAUGAUCGAGCACAGUGAUGCACCUCAGGGUGAACUGACUCUGUAGCAUCGUCUGUCUAAAGAAAAGGAACAAUAAUGGGAUACUUUUUGUAAUGGAUAUAUGUCAAUUUUUUGUGGAUUACUUUCAGCAGAUUGUUUUUAUUUUAAAUAUAUUCUAAUGAAUAAAGAAAGCCCAUAGAAUCUGCACACAAAGACAAACAUAGUUACAUAUCACGCUAUUUAAUUUGUCUCUCUCUGUAUGCUAUGUACUCGGUCACUGUUUCUUAUGGAUAAAUCAUUUCUCCUGGUAUCACACUGCAGCACUUCUGUCAUUGCUCAAACCAACAAUAACUUUACAACCAUUGUAGCCUCUAUGGGUGAUGGUGAUGUAUUUAUCAAUUUUCUGAUAUCAAUGUGAACAGAUUGUACCGAACAGGGACAUCUCCAGGAUUUGGCUAUGGGUGGCUUGUGGGAAACACACUCUCUCUCCAGUGCUCCUUUAAUGUAGUGACACACACCUCCCUCCUCUUUCCAUUCCCCAAAAACUUCUCCCCCUCUUCUCUUUAAUUUCCUUUAUUUUUUUUGUAAAUACUGUAAAAUGCAUUUUGAUAUCAUUGACAUGUUUUGAUAUGUCAGUCACUACCAAUGAAUACAGCUGAAAGUAAAUUAUAAAUAAAUCUGUCCAUGUUUUUCAUAGAGAACGGAUGCGCUGUGGCUAAAUUUCCAUUCAAAUGUAUAGAAUACAGUUACACAAUAAAUGCAGACUGUUUGCUAGAGACUUGUAUGGUGGGGAGGAUAGGACAGAGAGAGGACAGGACAGAGAGAAGCAAGCUAACUGUGGCGUCCUCACUCUGCUCUUUUCUCCUUAUGUGUCAGUUAAAUGUUACUAUUGGCUUUGAAUAAUCAUUUGACUGAUUUUUUCCAAAGGGCAUCUUCUCACAAAAAACAUGUGACCUCUUAUUGCAGUUUUUAAUAUGAAGGAUUUUUAUCAAUUUAAGACAAAACUUUUAAAAAGGUAAAAAUACUUAUGAGAACCUCAUUUUAAAUUAAGAAUAGAUCAAAAAGUAACUGUGUCCUUUGCUAUUCGCUCCUGUUAUUGUAUAGAUUGAAGCUCUCUCACUGAUCCUCUCUCAGUCCUCUGUGUAUAUCGAUCGUUGGCCAUCUCUGUACUUCUAUUGUGAUGUAUAAUACUGUACCAUUAGAAAGAUUUGCUGGUCGGGCGGGGUGAUUAUGUCGGGGAGGGGUGAGGGAUUCAGGGGAACGGGAAAUGAAUGAUUCUCCUGUACCGUUCAUGGUCCUUUCUGAUGACACGGCAGUAUUCAAUAUGAAGCAGUCUGUCUCUUGGGUUUGCUUUGUAUUUACAUGGUAGGAUAGUUCAGAAUCUUGUCUUAGGGACUUAGGUGUCUUGUGUAGGUAAUAAAGAUGUUCUUUGUAUGUUUCUUUAUAUUGUAAAGUUUCUUUAGACUGAAAGAAAAACAGAUAAUUUGCUUAUCAAAAAAGAAACAAUGCAUCAAUAAUAAAUGUCAUUUGAUUUUU